AUGGCAACGUUUCACUUCUUCCUCAUUACGAGUACGAUCCUCUCGGCGCUCGUUUUACUCCUCCGUUUCCGCCCUGUGCAGGGCGAUGGCAAGCGCCUCCCGCCUGGCCCGUCGUCCCUGCUUUUGCUAUUCAGCACUGCGUGGCUAGGGCUGACGAGCUCGCCGGCCGAGGCAGAGCCCGUGCUCCAACGGCUGUUCAGGCGCUAUGGCCCCAUCAUGUCGCUGCGAGUGGGGUCAAGGCUGGCCAUCUUCGUCGCCGACCGACGCCUUGCACACACGGCGCUCGUCCAGCGCGGGGCCGCCCUGGCCGACCGCCCCAGCUUCGCAACGGCCAGGAUCCUCGGUGCGGACGACAAUUACUCCGUGACCCGCGCCGGCUACGGGCCGGUGUGGCGCCUACUGCGUCGCAACCUCGUCGCCGAGACGCUGCACCCGUCACGUGCCCACCAGUUCACGCAUGCACGCUUUUGGGCCCGCCGCGUGCUCGUCGAGAAGCUGCGGCGCCAGGCCGACGACGGCGGGGCGCCUGCCCCGGUCACGGCCACGUUCCAAUACGCCGUGUUCUACCUCCUCUUGACCAUCUGCUUCGGCGAGAGGCUUGACGAGAACGUGGUGCGCACCAUCACCGCCGCACAGAACGACCAGGUGCGAUACAUGUUCAGCAAAAUGUCCGUCUUCGCCUUCGUCCCAUCGGUCGCCGAGCACCUCUUCUCCGGACGCAUCCGGAAAAUGCUUUCCCUGCGGCGGCGGCAGAAGGAGCUCUUCCUACCGCUGAUCGACGCGCGUCGGAACGGCGAGCGCGAGCCGAGGCAGAGCAAAUCGGAAACCACGUUGGAGCACUCGUACGUGGACACGCUGUUCGACGUCAGGCUCCCGCAGGAGGGGAACCGCCCACUCACCGACGACGAGAUAGUCAACCUCUGCUCAGAGUUCCUCACCGCAGGGGCUGACACCACCUCCACCGCACUGACGUGGAUUAUGGCCGAGCUGGUAAAAAACAAGGCCAUCCAGGAGAGGCUCUACGAGGAAAUCAAAGCCUGGACAAAGGACGACCGUGAAGAGGUCUCCGAGGAAGACAUUCAGAGCAUGCCUUACCUCAAGGCGGUGGUUCUCGAGGGCUUGCGGAAGCACCCGCCUGUGCACUUCGUGCUGCCGCACAUGGCAGCGGAGGACGUGGAGGUUGGCGGGUACCUCGUCCCCAAGGGUUCCACAGUGAACUUCAUGGUGGCCGAGAUGGGUAGGGACGAGCAGGAGUGGGAGAAGCCCAUGGAGUUCAUUCCAGAGCGAUUCCUGGCUGGCGGCAAAGGGGUGGACGUGACUGGCAACACGGGGAUCAAAAUGAUGUCGUUCGGCGUCGGGCGGAGGAUCUGCGCCGGUCUGAACAUUGCCAUGCUUCACCUGCUCUACCUGGUGGCCAACAUGGUGAGAGAAUUCGAGUGGAAGGAAGCGGCCGGCCAGGAGGUCGAUUUGACGGAGAAACUCGAGUUCAUGGUUGUCAUGAAAAAGAAGCUGCGCCCACGUCUUGUGCCCCGAAAGCAACAUGCAAGCUGA